CCGAUGGUCGAAGAAGACGCAUAAAAACAGUAUCGCGAGGAUUCGAUUCGAAUAAACGCAAGGUGGUCUGUUUUAGAAAGAUUUUAGGUUUCAUCUCUCUCUCUCUCUCUCUCUCACUCUCACUCUCGGAGCAAAUGUUUUACGUGAUUUCUGGGUAAGCUACGUGCAGGCUUUUACUCGAGACAUCGUAGAGAGAGUAGCUCGCCUUAAUGGGCGCAAUAAAGUGCAAAUUAAAUGCUGGGAUCGGAUCGCCUGGCCGUGCCAGAGAAUAAGAAGAAGAAAGAGAAGAGAGGAGGCAGUUCGACUUCCUCCCUUUUCUCGUCGCAGCAGUGAUGGGUCCUUUGAAGAGAACAAAGGAACCUCGUGAAAAGAGGAAUUUACAAGAAUCGUCGAGUACGCGAAUUUGAAGAACUCGAAGAAUCUUAAAUACGAGUCAUUUCGUUCGCUCGAGAGAUAAACAAACGGUUAAUGUCAAAGAGACACAAGGUGUAUUGACGUGUCAUGUACAUAUAUAUAUAUAUAUGGUAUGUGUAUAUACAUGCAUAUAUAUAGCUUCUUUUCUCUCGCUUAACGGCUUCGCUAAUGGUACUGCCCAAUUUAUUCGAAAAGAUAGAGACCACGAUAUUUUCAUAUAAACUUGGUCGGUAACACGUUUUUAUCGUAACGAUUAGCGAUUAACGAAAGGACGAAUAAAUAGAGAUUAUUAUUAUUCGCGAGACAAAAGUUCUUUUUCUAUUUACGUGGAUCCUUCGAAAUGGCCGCAAAAAAAUUUGCUAAUUUAUUUACUCUUCUUUGAAAACUUUUUCAUGAAACUCCGAUCUAACUAGAAAUACUGCGAUAAAGGAUAAAUUCGCAAAUAACUAUAACGUCGUAAUAUAUCUUUCUCUCGCUGUCGAUGGAGGGACGUGGCCCUUCGAUCGCUAGCGACGCGUCUGUUCACGAAGUUUGCCGAGUACGGCCGAGUUGGGCCGAACUCGGUGGAGGCCCGCAGCCAUGUGUUGUGGUCUGCCGUGAGUGCUUUGUGACAAGGGAGGCGCGGUGUGUCUGCGCUUUUUUUCUUCUCCGUUUAUAACUCUCUCUGCUCGUUAAUCGACGAAUAUCGUCGAUAUUUUCUUCGUGAACGAUUACGUCGUCGAAUGGACGACGACUCGCGAUGAACGUGUGGCCAUGAACGUGUUUCGUUAAACGAGAGUUUGAGACGACGAGGACGACGAGGACGACGACGACGAAGACGACGAAGACGAAGACGACAACAACGACGAAAACAACGACGACGAACGAUCGUUGGAAGAAAAAAGUGCAAGUUUUGCGAGUUUUGUGAAAAGGGGAAAAAAAAAAAGAAAAGAAAUUGAUCCUUCCUUUAAUCUCGUGAAGUUGGUCGCGGAGGUCGGUCGAUCGGUCGAUCGGUCGAUCCGUCGAACAACGAUAAUCGAAAAAAAAAGAAAAGAAAGAAAGAAACAAAACAGAAUCGUCGGGGACGAGAAAUACGUUACUUCGAUCUUUCUCCGUGGUAUUCGCGCUUGGUGCGUGUGCCCGUGCGUUUCGUUUUGUUUCGUGUCCGUGGCUCGUGAGUGCGUGCGUGUGUGUGUAAAGUGCUUAUCCGUAUAGAUAUAUGUAUGUAUACAUAUAUAUACACGUAUAAAUAUUGUGUCCUGUACGUAUAGCUCGUUGUGCCUGGCGUGUGGGUGCGUGCGUGCGUGUAUAACCAUCGUCCGUCUCGUUUCUUAGCACGGCUACUUUGGUAUCGCCAUCUCUCUCUUUCUGUUCGCGUGAGUAACAACGAUCGCCGGCGCAACGACGAGUGAAGCGAAAAGAAAAAAAGAAAAGAAAAGAAAAGAAAAGAGAAGAGAAGAGAAGAGAAGAGAAGAGAAGAGAAAAGAAGAAAAGAGAAUAGAAGAGAAGAAGGACGGAUAGAUAGGUAAAAUAAAAAGAAAGAGAGAGAGAAGCGAUCGGAUAUAUCUACUUGGAAAGAAGACACGGAUAUAUGUACGCGUGUGUAUUACGGCGGAGCUUUGGCCGAGGGAACACUUCGGCGAGACGACUUUCCAGUGGAAGAACAUGUUUUCUUUAUGAUUCGACGUACUACGAAACGUGGUUUAACUUGGCAUGGAAGAAAGAUCGUAGAGAAAUCGCGUGACCGGACUAAAAAAAUGGAUCGACUGUUGUGAAUCUAAGAAGGAAGGAAGGAAGGCAGGAAGGCAGGAAGGACGGAAGGAAGGAAGAAAAAAAGGAAGUAAAAGGAGAGGCUGGGAUCUCGAGCGAUCUUGGCGAGGCUCCCAGAGAUCUCUGGAGUUAUCGGAUAACAUCGUAGAGAGAAAAGGAAUUCGAAAUAAGAUUCGUCGAGUUUGUGUCGGUGAUGUGUCGUGAUAGGUGGUGACCCCGUGUUCGUGGCCCCGUGAGGGCGUAAUCAUCAGUGUUAUAUGUGUCGAUGGUGCAAAGGAGUCUAUACGUUGGAUCUAAAAAGGUUUGGGAUUAUCCAGGAUAUAUGUAGUAUAUAAAUUCGAAUAUAUAUAUAUAUCAACGGAAUCACAAGAGGGAGAGUAAGAAGAGAAGGAGGUGUGUAAAAAGGUGUUUUUGCGCAAAAAAAAAAAGAGAGAAAGAGUUGCCAUUGUGUAGAGAGAAAGAGAGAAAAAAAGAAAGAGAGAGCGAGAGAGAGAGAGAGGGAGGGAGAGAGGGAGAGAGAGAAGUGCGCGCGCGGGUCUUGUUUGGAUAUCGAGAACACCGAAGGAGUAGCCGCGGGGUAAGUGAUGUGUUCGAUGGACGAGGCGCGUCUCGCGGGCGGUGGUCGGGGUAAAACGAACGCGUGUCGCUCGCGCUGCCAUUACUCGGGAUCCGUGAGAAAAGGCGGGCAGUCGGUGAUCAGGCUGGCGGGUGCCGGGGAAACGUUUCCAAGGGCAUGGCGACCACGCCACUAGGCGGUCGCCUCCCUAACGUUAACCGCAAAGGACCAUCCCCGUGUAUCGGUGGUGGUGGUGCUAGUAGUAACGGCAGCAUCAACAACAACAACCACAGCAGCAACGUUAGUAGCAGCAACGGUGGCAACAUCAACGGCAACAACGGCAGCCUUAGCAGCAGCAACAUCAGUGGCAGCAACAGCGGUGGUGGUAGUAGUAGUAGUAGUAGCGGUGGCGGCAACAACAGCAGCGGAAGCGGUAGUAGUAGCAGCAGCAGCAGCAGCAGCAGCAGCAUAGGAAGUAAUAGCAAUAACAACAAUAACAACAACGGUGGUAGUCAGAGAAGGCAAGAACGUAACACGGUCGGGAGAGAUCAUCAUCGGCAUCACCACCAUCAUCAUCAUCAUCACCAUCACCAUCAUCAUCAUCAUCAUCAAGGUCGAGACAAGUCAGGAGCUGCGGUAACCCCGCCGACAUCGUCCUCUAUCUCCUCUAUCUCUUCUUCGUCUGGUUCAUCCUCCUCUUCUGUAUCCUCCUCCUCCUCCUCCUCCUCCUCUUCCUCGUCGUCGUCGUCGUCGUUGUCGUCUAGCAGUGCGUGCCAGCAGCGCGAGGCUAAAACAAGCACGGUGGCUGCUAACGCCGGUGAGCUGGAUCCGGCCGCGACUAAUGCGACCAACAACUUCGAGUACGACGACAACGAAUGGGACAUUGGCAUAGGAGAUCUCAUAAUCGAUCUUGAUGCGGACAUUGAGAAGACGAGGGACGAGAAACUGAGCUCCUCGGGGACAGGCAUGGCUUCUACGCCUGCCUCGGCAGCAUCGGCCACGAAUAAUCCGAAUCAUCAUCAUCUUCAAAACUCAGCGUCCGCUUUGAACUCGUCUAACUCGUCCAACUCGGUAUCCGGGGUCGUAUCGUCCGGCGUAGUAUCGAACGCGGUUAAUCAGUCAUCGUCCUCGUUAUCGUCCAAUUCGAAUUCGUCGAACUCGUCUAACGUCUCGUCGUCCUCGUCGUCGUCCUCCUCAGGCUCGUCCUCGUCGUCGUCCUCCUCCUCUUCGAACUCUUCCUCGUCCGGUGGUGCCGGUGGUGGUUGCGUCGUCGGUAAUUCGGGAAACGGCCGAGCCCAAAGCCCCUGUAGCUUAGGCGCAGGUGGCAACGGACCUACGGCGAACGGGCCGAUCGUCAUCGGCGGUAACAACGGUACUGGUAACAAUCAGACGAGCAACGGUUCGACCUCUUCGCAGGUGCAGCAGCUAGUUACGGGAGGAAAGCAAGGGUCCGCGACGGUAGUGGGCGCGGUAAACGCCGUGGUACACGGUAACGCCGGAAAUCCCGGCAAGAUGGCCGUUGAACAUUCGGCGACCGUCGACAAGGGCCUCAAGAUGAAGAUCAAGCGUACGAAGCCCGGCACGAAGAGCAGCGAGGCCAAGCACGAGAUCGUUAAGUCGAACGAGAUCAACGGUACGGCCUCCUCCCAGGAGAGCAACAACGGAUCGUCCCAAUCGUCGAGCUCCACGUCGGGUUCGGCGACGUCGGGCUCGUCUUCGGCCUCCGUCGGGCAAAACUCUCAAAAUUCGGAGUGUGUCAGCGGUGCGGGUGGUGGUAGUGGUGGUGGUGGUGCCGGUGGUGGAAGUGGUGCUGGUAGUGGUGGUAGUGGUGGUAGUGGUGCCGGUGGUGCCGGCGGCGGUGGUAGCGGUACCACGGCCGGUCAAGCCGGUGCCACCGGACAAUCGUCUUCCUCGAACAAAUCUAAACCCAGCCAUUCGCCGGCCUCGGCGACCGGGACGGGAAAUGCGCAGUCCUCGACGGCGGGCUCGAAGCGCGGCUCGAGCGGACAUCGCCGUGAAAAGGCUCGUGACAAGCACGAGAAGCCCCAGAACAAUCACGCGCCCCAACAAUCGAAACCGGAGAUGAACGGAACGGCGAGGCCGCCGGCACCUCAGAGUCAGAACUCGGCGGGACAGGCAACCCAGUCGCAGGGACCGACGCCGGCAGCGACGGCGCCUCAACAGACUCAGGGACCACCGCCUAGCUCAAGGACCGGCUUUUCUGUCUCGCAAGGAGCCGGGCCACCGGCGACUAGCGCCGCGGCGCCCUGUCCUCCGCCGAGUCCGGCCAGCGCAACGGCAGCCGGGGCCCCGGCCAAGCCGGAACAGACCAAGGUGGCCUCCGUACCGGGACCACCCCUCACUACGCCGGCCGAGGAGGCCAUGGACACUGCGGCUAGUCCUCCUCCGGCCAAGAAGAUGAAGACGUCCAAUUCGGAACCAAAGGACAUGUCCGACGUUUGCGUUGGGACCAGCGUGGGGACCAUUACCGAGCCUGAAUGUUUGGGACCCUGUGAGCCUGGCACAUCGGUCACGCUCGAGGGUAUCGUUUGGCAUGAGACCGAAGGAGCAGGUGUAUUGGUCGUGAACGUAACGUGGCGGGGUAAGACGUACGUCGGUACUCUGUUGGAUUGCACACGACACGAUUGGGCACCUCCGAGGUUUUGCGAUUCGCCGACGAGCGAUUUGGACGCACGUACGCCUAAAGGUCGUGGAAAACGUGGCCGGGCAGCAGCAAAUUCUACACCGGGCAACGAUCUCAGUAAUUUCACCGAGACAAGGAGUUCGGUGCACAGUAAAUUACGAAAUGGCGGUGCAAAAGGUCGAAGAGGUGCUCAGGGUUCACCGGCGGCGAGUCCGAGUCCGGCUGCCUUUGUGCCGCCUAGAUCGGACCCAGCAGCUAAGAGAAAAUCUCGUGGUCCGGAAGAAGAAGAGAAGAACAAAAGACGGGCACCACCUCCUACGCCUCCUAGUGGUUCGCCUCCGGCGAGCCCGGUCCUUUUGGAGUGUCCCGAACCGAAUUGUAGUAAAAAGUACAAACACAUAAAUGGACUGAAGUAUCAUCAGAGUCACGCGCACGGUUCCGCGGACGACGACGAUACGAAGGAGGGCAUCACCAGCAUGUCCGAGAACGACGAGAGCAACAUCGAAGCUCCGAGUCCAGCCACGCCGGUGAAGUCUCCAGCGGACAAGCCGGAAGGAACCCCUGUCAGAGCGGCGAGUCCACCAGCGACGAGUUUACCGCCAGAGACACCACCGCCUCCACCUCGGGUACCUUCUCCUGGUAUAGAGACACCUAUGCCAGUUUUAACCUCGGACAAAGCUAUCGUCAAGCCUGGCGUUUUAAGGUUCGGCCAAGACGAUUUACCUGCUCCUACGUCCGCGGCACCGCCUUCCUCGAGACAACAGAGUAUCCAACAACAGCAGCAGCAACAGCAACAACAACAACAGCAGCAACAACAACAGCAACAGCAACAACAGCAACAACAACAGCAGCAACAACAAAGUCAACCGUCGCUAACAUCGACGAAUCCACCUCAAAGUCCGAGUCCUCAUCCAAGUCAAUCUCCCAGGCCCGUGCCUUCGCCACAUCCCAGUACAAACAUACCGCAGCCACUCAAUAUACCUCAACCUCCUCAACCUUCUCAAGUUCAACAACAUCAGCAACAAAAUCCGUUGUUGCAACAAGCCCAACAGUCUCUACAAACCGGACCACCGCCUCAGCUGCAAUCGAGCCAACAGCAGCAACAACAGUUACAGUCGUCCGUACAGCAACAAUUGCCGCCGGCGCAUCAGUUGCAAUCCGUGCAGCAUCCUAUGUCCACGCAGCUGGGACAACCAGCACAAGCGCACGUUAUUCAGCAGCCAACUUUACAGCAGCAACAACAAAGUUUGCAAAGUAUGGCGAGUCAGCAUCCAGGUCUUCAAGGUCUCACCGGACAAGUAUCGCAGCAAGCGAGCCUACAAACCGGGCCUCCGACGACUGGACAUCCUGGACAAGGUGUACAAUCUCACAUGCAACAGUACCCAAGCGUUUCGCUGCACACGAAGAUGCCGCAAUUCAAAGUAAAGCCCACGGCGGCAUUGAUGCCAGAGCAGGAUAAGAGUAAGGACCCGCGAACGCCGAAGCCGCAAGGUUACAAAAAGAAAUCGAAAAAAUCGCCCGGUGGAAGUCCGCAUCCUUCGCCUUUGGAAGCGCCGAUAGUUGACUCCGCGAGGGAAGACGUCCAAAGUCCGGCCUACUCGGACAUAUCGGACGACGCGGCGCCUGUUCUCGAGGCAGAACCCGCCGACAAGUCGAAACAGAAUCAAGAAAAGGACAACAAGACUAGCGCGCCGACGCAUCUACCUGCUCACUUUGGAAUGUACCCGUAUUACGGUCAACCUCCUUACUUGGUGCCUAGCGUUCAGGACAGCAAGUCGGUCGAUCAGAAACCGAGCGAUCUCACGCCAAAACAGGAAAUGAAGCCUUUGAACAUACCGCAGAUGCCAUCGAUGGCGAGUUUGCAAAGCGUCGUCUCGGAGAAGGAAAAGAAGGAACUGAGCCAACCCUUGCCUCAACCUCAACAGCAGCCGCACUAUUACGGUGGUUACGGUGGGUACAUGCCUCCUGGCUAUCCGUAUCAGCCACCGCAAGCGAUUUCUCAACAACAACAGCAACAACAACAGAAUCAACAAGUGCAGGAACAAGAGGCGCACGAGCAAAAGGCAAAGAUGAAGCAGGAACCGCAAUCGCAACAACCGAGCUUGAAGGACAAGCAACACGAAAACCAUCAGAUACUGAAGGAAAGUAUCGAGAUGAAGAGUCAAAUGAGUCCUUAUCACGUGUACCACGGCACGCAAAGUCAAAGAGCAGCGCCUCCUCCACCACCUCCUGGUCCUGUACAAGACGACAGGAGGUAUUACCUUUAUCCCGGAGAGCAGAGGCGAAAAGAAGAGUCGAGCAAACAAAGUCAACAAGCGAAAGCUCCGCCCCCGAGUCCGAAGCAUCAACCGAAGCAAGAAAAGCCGCAGGAUUUAGGCAAGAACGACGACUCGAAAAACAAGCAAGAGGGCGUGAAGCCUACCAUGGAGACUCAGGGACCACCGCCACCGCCCACGUCGCAAUACGCGUACAUACAUCCGGGAUACAUGCAGCCACAGCAUUACGGUGCGCUACCAUUCGACCCUAGCCAUCCAGUUUACAGAGGUUUAAGUCCUAUGUUGGUGCCUGGACCUUACUCGGGUAGUCCUUACCUGCAUCAGUUGCCUAGGUAUCACGCACCGGAGGAUCUAAGUCGUCCACCGGGUGGCAAGGCCCUCGAUCUUUUGCAGCACCACGCGAAUCAGUAUUACUCGGCGCACAAGAUCCACGAACUCCAAGAACGUGCCCUGAAGUCGCCGACCCCAAAGACGUCCGCGGCAUCUGCCAGUCCGUCUUCGGCAGGGCCGACACCUGCCAGACCACCUAGUGGACCACCGACCUCGGUAGCGGGCCCAGGUCCACCGCAAGGUCAAGGUCAACAGCCUGGGAAACAACAAGGACAACCUGGCGGUCAACAGCAACAAUCCGGCCCGGUAGAUACCGGUAGCGGGAACCUUGGAAAGGACAGCAGAUCUCCGCCACCUCAAAGACACGUGCACACGCAUCAUCAUACGCAUGUGGGAUUAGGCUAUCCCCUCUUAACGGGACAGUACCCCGCUCCUUACGGAGCGGCAGUACUAGCGAGUCAGCAGGCCGCCGCGGUAGCCGCCUCGGUGAUCUCGCCAUUUCCGCCCAAGUGACCCGCGGCCCCCGGUCCCGUACUAGCCGGUGGAACCGGCGGAACCGCCGGAAGCAGCUCCGCACAAACUCACCACGCGCCGCAUCCGGCCUCGAGCGGUGCCGUCGCGGGCAGACAGCCCUAAGGAAAAUCCCUAAGGAACUCUCUAGAGGAUCGCCUUAUUCUUUUUAUUUCGAAUCAAUUUACUUGUUCACGCCAUUUUUCUCUAAUGCUCUCUCUCUCUCUGUCUCUAUCUCUCUUUCUCUGUCUGUCUCUCUCUGACUCAUUGUCUCUAUCUCUCUAUCUCUCUUUUUUCUCUCUCAAUUUUUGUCUGUCAAUCAUGUUUCUUCGGACCAGUCGUAAAGAGGCUGAUAAAAUUGUACUUAAAAUCACGAAGAGUCCCGAACAAACUUCGGCUAUCUUCGAAGAGAUCAUCCUCGCUCAGCAGCCUCUCGUUCGUCAGAGUUCAAACGAAGAAUAAGUGAGAUCUUGUCGAGUUUUUCUCAAGAAUAUAUCAUUGAUGAAUCAUUUCUUUUCCUCGAAGUGAAUUUUUCGUCAAAGUUUUUUGUAUCUCGAAGUAUCACGAUAACGAUUGAAAGUAGUCCCUCUUCCUGUCCCCUUUUCUCUCUCUCUCUCUCUCUCUCUCUCUCUCUCUUACUCUCUUUUUUUCCUCUUUCUCUUUCUCUCCAGCUUCGAUGCAAGCGCGUGGAUCGACCUUCAUGUAUAUAUAUACCUACAUAAAUGCAUACAUACAUACAUAAAUGCAUACAUACAUAAAUACGAACGUAUAUCCGAGGUUCGAUGCAGAACCAAAAUGGUUGAAACAUUUUUCCUUUGUAAAUAAUGUGUAAAUAAAAUGAUGUAAGCAUAUAAUAUUACUCUCGUUCUCGGACAAGCAUCGUCGUCGUAUCCGAUAUACGUAAGCGAUAAGUGUAAAAUAUAUAUCAUAGAACUGAGUAAAGUUUUUAUCUAACAGAAUAAAUAAACGAUACGCGAGAAUGAUGUUUUAUUAAUUGCGCUUGUUAGUGUGGACGAGAAUUCGAUUUUAUCAUUUCGACUCACGAAAGUAUUUACGUUCGAUAAUAAAUCGCGCGUGCGUUAAGCUUUCGACAAUGCAAGAUAUAACAAAUUUUCUAUUCACGUUGCACCAACAAAGCUUUAUCUCCAUCGAUGGAUCCUAAUGGAUCUCGUGAUAAAAAACAUGUUAGGGGAUAUUCAACGAUUCGAUUUUUGUCAACGCUAUUAGGAAUAAAGAAAUGUCCGAUUGAAGGGGGAUAAGCUUUCUCGAUCGACGUGAAAUGAAAAAUCGUUUCUUGCGAGAAGGGGGAUGAGAGAGAUGGGGAUGAGAAUUGGAAGGUCAUAGAUCGCGUAAAUCGCAAAAGAAGGAAGGUCUAUCGAUCGCGUGAGUCGAGUAAAUCGAAUUUUAACGCAGGUUAUAAUCGAGAAGAAAAGAGAGAGUGAGGAUAAAAAAGAGAGAGAAAGAAUAAGAGAGAAGAGGAUUACGUAAGAAACGAAUGAGAAUGCGAAAAAAUGAACGAUCUAAAGAUAUCUUGUCAGACUGAAAGACUACAAGGAUUACUUAUUAAAAUCCUUAUUUUUGGAACUGUUCUCGCAUGAUCGUCAUAAAAGAAAAAGGGCUGAGACAAGGGGAAGGGAUAAAGAGAAAAAUGGGGAGAGAAAGAGAGAGAGAGAGAGAGAAACAAAGAAAGAGAAAAAAGCGGUGAAAAAACACAAUGUAUUGGAGAAAUCCGUUGGUGGGUGUGCGAGUAUAUCUUCCCACUUAACGAUUUUUGAACUCCGAGUACGCAUUUGACAAAGAUACAAUUUUUAUCGAACGUAGUUACAUAGGAAACCUGCGUACGAAUCUGAACGAUUGUUUUAAGCGAGAGAGAAAGAAAGAAAGAUAGAAUAUUUUGUGUGUGUGUGGAGUAUACAUGUGUAUUGUAUAAAUAGUAAUAUCCGUGUAUGUGUGUGUAUGUGUGUGAUAUGUUUGCGUAUUACUAAAUACGUCAAAUCGAAUCGGUGUAAUUUUAAGCCUGUAAAAAAAAAAGAACGAAAGUGCAUACCUUCGAUUUUUGUAGAGAAUAAAAAAGAAAGAGAGAGAAAGUGUAUGUGUUUGUAUGUGUGUGUGUGUGUAUAUGAGAGAGAAAGAGAGAGAGAGAGAGAGAGAGAGAGAGAGAGAAAGAGAAAGAAAGAAAAAUGAAAAAAAAGCAAACGAUUGUAUGACUCGCUGGAAUUUAUCUAUUAGAAAAAUUUUAUUACGUAUUAAAAUAAAUUUAAUUGAUUUACAUGUGUAAACAAGACGAUUGUGUAAGAAGGAGUAUAUAGAUAAAGCGACGGACAGAUUUAAAAUGGUAAAAAAAGAAAAAGAUGAUUCUAAAUAAUUAGGAUGACAUUAAGUGAUUGUACAUUUGAUCCUUAGAAACGCUAUUUGUUUACUAAAAAUAAACGCUAGACAACGUUGUACUACAAUUUAACAAAAAAAAAAAAAAGAAAAAAAGAAAAGAAAAGAAGUGCAGCGUCGUGAAAGGGACAACACAAAAAAAAAAAGAAAUAAGAAAUGCUAAGGUAACGAAAAAAAGUAAAAAAUGUAUUACAUAUACAUAUACUAUGGUACAUAUAAAGUAAACUACAUAAUAUUAGUUUAGUAACGACUAUUAUUAUCUCUUUUAUUAUGAUUAUUAGUUAUUAAUUAUUAUAUUAUUUUAUUAUCAUCGUCAUCGAAUAAGAUGAGAGCGACGCGAUCGAUUGGUAAAAAGUACAUCCGUUGCCAGUGGUAUCGGACAAAUUUUAUCUAACCGCAUAGUGUGUUGUAAAUGCCAAAUCAAAUCAAAAAAAAAAAAAAAAAAGAAA